AUGCCCACAGGUAGGCCCUAUUCCGGGGACCCGCGGGACCCGGGGACGAGCGGAGAGCUCCGCUUCUGCUUAUGCAAAUGUGUGCGUACAGAGUCUCCUCUGGACCGGCUGGUUCCAUGCGUUCUGCCCCUGACUCUGCUGGUCCACCUGUGCCUGGCAGCACCUGGGCUUCCUGGGUCACAACGAGAGGAAUCAUUAGAUGCCCACCCCCCAUCUGCAGCAUUUCCCAAUCCCUUUGGCACUGGAGAAGAAGAGCGCAGGAUGUUACACAGUUACAUUCAAAUCAGUCUAAAGAACCAAGGAGAACCAGAGCUCAGUUCCUGGGAACAAGAAGUGUUCUUCCUCUUUCGUAUGUAUGACUUUGAUCGCAGUGGCUUCUUGGAUGGAUUGGAAAUGAUGAAGCUUCUCUCUGACUAUAACUUCCAUCAUGCACCUGAAAAAGUGGCCAAUGAGCUGGUGGUGUCCAUGGUAGAUUUCCUACUCCAGACUCGGGACCUAAACCAGGACGGACUUCUAGAUCCGUCUGAGUUACUCACUAACACACAGGGGCAGGCGAUGGCGGGGGGUGAAGCCCUAUCAAACACCAUUCCUGAGGAGGACAGGGCAGGAGCAGUGGAGCACAGAGAGGAGGAGGCUCUGCAAGAGAUUCAGCAAAAUGAGGAGAAACACCUUCAACAGGAAUUAAAAACGGGACAGGAAGAAGCCACACCGCACAUAGAUGAACAUAAUGCCCAACAAAUCCUAGAAACCCCAGCAGAAGAACAGCAGGAGCCAGGCCAUAUAGUGCCUGUGCAUCAGGGACAACCAGAAAUGUAAAUAUACACACACACUUGAGAUAGCACCACUCUGUCACUCUGGCUUCAUGUGUGUAGCCUUCGAAAAAAGGGACAGUUGAGUUUCUUAGUACAGCCUGUGAGAUACAUCUGAAACCUGAGUAUCUUCUACUUUCAACCCAAGACUGUGAGAGGUUGUUUCUGUUCAAAGUACCCCUGGCCACUACUUUAAGAAGGCAAUAAUUCCUGGUAGAUGUUCAAGGGAAAAGGGUAUAGUAAAAGCCAUCAGUAGUAGAACCUUUUAUUAUGUAGUUGCUUCAUUUUUAUUUUAAAAAUUAUUUGUCGCACUUUAAAUGUAAACUAUACGUGUCAACUAUUUAUAUUUGACAAAGAGGGGGUCUGGCUCAGACUUAGACUUAGUGUGGUUAUUUUUAACUGCUUUGUUUUAACUUGUAAAAACUAGUCUUAUAAAUGUCCCCUUCUUUAAAAGGUGCUCUUUGAUUGACAUACUGAUGGGUUGGGUUGUCUCUCCCUACUCUUAUCUUAUUAUUUGCAUUUAGCUUUUAUGCUUGAGGAUUUCCACACGACUCUUGCUGAUUUUACGAUGAUUCGAUUUUCUGUCAGCUCAGUGAAGCUUCUCUGUUAAAACAUAUUGUCAGCGUGCCAUACAGAUGUCUUCCAACAUGAUGAGAUACUAUGACAGUGACUUUGUUUUGUUGUGUAAAAUCAGAAAGAAACAGCAUUUUACAACUACAUAAUUCAGUACUUUUAUUUUGAUCCUUUGAGUUAUGUUAAGGCACGCCAAUGGAAAAUAAAGCAUUUAUCAUUUUUUGGUCAUUAGUUUACUUGAAUCUUUAUAAAUGAUUGAGGCAUUUAAUUUGUUGGAAUAUUUUUUAAUUGCUAUGUAUUUGUAAAGCUUGAAAAAAAUAAAGCAAUCAUUUCUUCACCUU